AUGUCUUCAAGCGUUCCAGAACAGAUCGAGGGAUUUACUAUCUCUUCCACCGAGAAAUGGAGUGAUUUUAAGAAAGCCAAGUUCCCCGCCAAGAAGUUCGAAGCACAUGAUGUUGACAUUGUCAAUGAGUGCUGCGGAGUCUGCGGUUCUGACGUUCACACCAUCACCGGUGGUUGGGGCGAUCUAGCCACCACCCCUCUCUGUGUCGGCCACGAGAUCAUCGGAAAAGUCCUCCGAGUCGGCGAGAAAGUAACACUCGUCAAGCCCGGUGACCGUGUUGGAGUUGGUGCUCAAGUCCAAUCCUGCAUGCAAUGUCCACAAUGCAAGAGCGAUAACGAAAACUACUGUCCCAAGAUGGUUGACACAUAUAUGGCACCAUAUAAUGAGGAUGAAGGUCACAGUGAUAAACCCAUGAAGGAUAGCAAUGGAAACCAAAUCUUCUCACAAGGAGGUUAUUCCAGUCAUUCGAGAGUUCACGAACAGUUCGUUUUCAAGGUUCCAGACGGACUUGAAUCGACUGAUGCAGCACCAAUGAUGUGUGCUGGUCUCACCACAUAUUCGCCUCUUGUCCGUGCUGGCACUGGACCUGGCAAGAAAGUUGCAAUUCUUGGUAUUGGCGGACUUGGACAUUUUGGUAUUCUCUGGGCCAAAGCCUUGGGAGCCGAAGUCUGGGCUCUAUCCCAUUCCCCAAACAAGAAGGAACAAGCUUUGAAAUUGGGAGCUGAUCAUUUCGUUUCCACCCAAGACAAAGACUGGCAAAAGCCUCUUGCUUUCACUUUCAACUUCAUCCUCAACUGCGCAGAUAUGACCAAUGAGUUUGAUCUCACUGCUUACAUGUCUACUCUUGCCGUCAAUGGAGAAUUCCACAAUGUCGGUCUCCCAGAUAAGCCACUUCCUGAAUUGAUGGCACAAGAUUUUGUUAGCAAUGGUUGCAAGAUCGCUGCAUCACAUAUUGGUUCGCGCAAGGAAGCUCAAGCUAUGUUGCAAUUGGCAGCUGAUAAGAAGAUCAAGCCUAUGAUUGAGACGAUUGAUAUUAGUGAGGAGGGUUGCAAGAAGGCGGUUGAGAAGGUCAAGGUCAAUGAUGUUAGAUAUCGCAUUACUUUGACUGGUUUUGAGAAGGCCUUUGGUACUAAGGUCGAUUACAACAAUUAA